AUGUUGGACCCAGAUAUUUCAAAUGCUUUAGCUGCCAAAUAUAUUGCAGUUCCACUUAUGUUCCCUAUACACCAAAUAUCUGUCAAAGACUUUGCAGGUGAAGUUGGAAACCAAAGUGCUGACCCAGGUGCAAGAACAGAUAUUGCUUUAACAACUGCAAUGAAACAUGCAGAUACUAUGUUUGUACUGUUCAGACGAACUAUAAAUGACUAUUCUUGUUUCUACAACCCUGGUAUUAAAUAUCAUAUAAACAUAGAUGGCAAAUAUUAUCCAAGAGAAGAAUAUUCUACAGUUGAGGAUAUGAGGUCAUACAACUUGACAUUAGAUGCUAUGAACUUUAACAACAACUUCACAACAACUAUUAACCCUGAAAUGCAAAGUUCUAUUAUGCCAUAUGUGAAAGUAUGGACUCAUACAGGAAGUCAAAAAACUCAAUAUACAAAUGGAGACCGUUCAAACUUUUGGCUUGGCAUUCCAUUUGCUGACUCAGAAGACUUUAUGG